GCUUAAGAGCAAAGAGCAGCAUUGGAUACCAUGGCACGGUAUCUUCGCUUAAGAAAUUUGAAAAGAAAAAUAAAAGAAAAGGCUAUAAGUGCCAGACAGAUUGGUAAUCAUUGAUGCCCAGCCCAGAGAUUGUGCACAGGCAUAUAUAUAAUACCGGGAAACUGGAGUCAAAUCAGCCUUUACAGAUCACUCAGACUUUAUCAUCUUCUGAAUCAAAACGCUCUCAUCAUGGCUUACCUCGAAUCCGCUUUCAAGGCCAAGUGGGCUCUCGCCGCCAGUGGAUCAUUCAACAGUCCCUCAACCAUAUCUCGCGGCAGAGUCGUGUCUAUCGACCAGGGAGUGUUGACGAUUAACAAGGCAAAAUCAGAAAUUACCCUGGCCACACCUACCGUUGAGGGUAUGCUGCCCUUGGACAUCGCAAUUGGGUACAUUCAAAAGCUUGAUGCCAUGUCACGCAAGUCCACCACCUAUGCGGACCUCAAGAAUUAUAGCACUUUCAACACCUUCUACCCUCGCGAGAUGAAGAACCUUUUGUACUUCAAUAAUGAGACCAAGAACGAAGUGACGCGAACUUGCACCAAUUGCGGCGUGGUGCUCCCGGAUCGUCUGCUGCAGAUGGACCAUCAACGGCCCAAGAUCGGUGGCCAGAUUGAAGCCGUGGCCAAGGUCAUGCGCAUCCUUCAGCUCACCGUCGAAGGGCCUCGCGGACCAAAGUGCACGCAGCUGUACAACGCAUUCGAAGAGGCCGAUAGGCACUCCAGUAACGCAUGGAUCCGCAUCUUCACCGAUCAGAGCUUCUUGACAGGAGCCAUCAGGCCCACCCAGAUGCGGGUGACAUCUCCUCCCGGAAACAUGGAUGGCCGUUACACUCUCAACAACCCCGGUAGCAUACUUUAUGCGAUAUUGCUCCAUUUCGGGAUGGGUGAUUUGCUGAAUAUAUGCCUUGUCAAUGGCAUUGCUAAUAUUCGCCCGCUAUGUUCGGCAUGCAAUGGAGGCCGUUCCAACAAAGACCGCAAAUACCCCCCGGUUUAAAGUCAAUCGGGCCUUGGGUAUCAGAAAGAUGGCGUGUCACGAACUUCACGCUAAAUCGGCUGCGGUAUUGGACUUGGCUUGUAAUUUACAAUAGUUACUUAUUCACUAAUGAAGACUAUUAUGCAGACUCUGCAUAUUUGGCCUGCCAUCGACUCCCAAUCAACGAGAUCGUCAUAGCGUGUAGUCCUCAUUCAGCGUUGCAGAAAGUAUGAAUGGAGUAGAGAUGUAGAUGACGUUGAGAAAGAAGAACGGGACAAAGCUGCCUGU